UUGAGGGACGGAAGUAUCUGUAUAACCCACGCAUGUAUGGUUGACCUUCUUUAAAAAAUCUAGCUUGUGCAGUAUAUGAGCUGAUGGUGUAUUGAAUAUUUUAAGCAGAUAACGAGCAUGUUACGUAUUUAUGCUGCUGUGUGUUGUAGAGAGAUUGGCAAGAGGUUUGCGUCAUCUAUCUCAGGAGACCAUGGACUUCCCAAAAAUCUGCUGAUUCCUUCGAAUUUGAUAGAACUCCCCCAUACAAAGCGGCCCCCCCCUGUGGGCUCGGAGCUGCCGGUGCUGCGGAGGAGCGAGGUGGAGAUUCCCGCUCACCUCCGCCCUGUGCGGACGUGGCUGGGGUCCCUGCGCGGCCCUGAGGACGACCAGCUGGGCCUGGCUGAGCUGCACCCGGAUGUCUUCGCCGUGCCUCCCAGGGUUGAUAUACUGCACGAAGUUGAAGUCUGGCAGAGAAAUUUCAAGAGAAUCAGCCAUGCCAAGGUGAAGAGCCGGGCGGAGGUGAGCGGGGGCGGCCGGAAGCCAUGGAAACAGAAAGGGAGUGGCAGAGCCCGCCAGGGCAGCAUCAGGUCGCCCUUGUGGAGAGGAGGUGGGAUUGCACACGGGCCUCGGGGACCCACCAGUUACUACUACAUGCUGCCGAUGAAAGUGCGCGUCUUGGCCUUGAAGGUGGCUCUCAGUGCGAAACUUGCUCAGGAUUACCUUCAUGUCGUAGACUCUCUAGAGAUGCCUGCUCCAGAUUCCCAGUAUCUUUUGGAUUUGGCCAGAUACAGGAACUGGGGGGAUUCAGUUCUGAUUGUAGAUGUGAAAGAAGACCUUCCUGGAAACAUUCUCAAGGCAACUGCAGAUCUGAAAACUGUGAAUGUGAUUCCAGUAAUAGGUCUCAAUGUUCACAGCAUGCUAAAACAUGAAACCCUUGUUCUGACGCUGGAUGCUGUCAAUUUUUUGGAGAAGAAACUGCUCUGGCACGACUGCAGAUUCUCACCACUCUAUUCUUUCAAAUUACCCUAUAGCGAUUUUCCACUGUAAAAAAAAAAAGGAAAGGACCAAGUAUAAAAAUGUUUAUUUUGUAUGUACAGUAUUCAAUUAAAAUGUGUUCCCCAGAGAUUUGUCAUUCCUGAUGCAUGUUAAAAAAAUAAAAUAAGGC